UCACCGGAAGCUGCCGGCUAGCUUGUAGCGCAACAAUGCAGCAACGAGAGGAGAAGCAGCUGGAAGCCUCAAUGGAUUCCCUCAUCUCUCUGGUGGAUCACGUGAAAAACGCUCUCCAGAGUUUCAUCUAUAAGCUGGAAAAUGAAUACGAGCGUUUGACCUGGCCCUCGGUUCUGGAUAACUUCGCUCUCCUUUCUGGCCAACUGAACACCAUCAAUAAACUGCUCAAGAAUGAGAAGACACCCUCGUUCCGCAGCCAGGUGAUAAUCCCGUUGCUCCUGUCUCCAGACAGAGAUGAGGAUUUAGCGAAACUCACAGAGCAGCGUGUCCCAGUGUUCAGCCAUGAGAUUGUCCCAGACUACUUGCGGACCAAACCGGACCCGGAGGUGGAAGAGCAGGAGAAGCAGCUGAGCACAGAGGCGGCACGCAUCGGUCCUGAUGUGGCUCAGAAACAGAUCCAAAUUCUGAAUAAGAUGUGCUCUAAUCUACUGGAUAAGCUGAACAACCCUCGUGAAGACAGAGACGCUGAAAGUGCUGCAUCACGACAGAACAAAGCGUUUUUCAACCCUGGUGAUACCAACGCAUUGGUUGCAGCUGUUGCAUUUGGAAAAGGACUUUCCAAAUGUAGGCCUCCUGGUCCUGUGGCUCCUGGACACCCAGGACAGGGGCCUAUCAUGGGUGGGGGUCCAACAUUGCAACAGGUCACCAUAGGAGGGGUUGUAGGCCAGCAAGCAGGUUUAGUAGGACCUGUGGCUCCACAGCAGCAAGGACAGCCAGGAAAAAUGCCGAGCAGCAUCAAGACCAACAUUAAAUCUGCGUCGGGUUCAAUGCAUCCUUACAACCGAUGAGGCGCUCCGCUUCAGACCGGCUCAGACACUGAAGGUUCGGUCAUGCUCUGUCCACACGUGUCUCCGCUCCACGAUGUGCUGCUUUCAUGUGAAGCCGUCCCUCUGGAAACUGUCAGCCAGGGACUAAUGGACGUGAAGCUGCCUUUCGGUGAAAUCUGUUCCGGACUGUGGCCACCAGAUGGCAGGGCGUGAUCAUUUACAGGCCGACUGCAUCUUCAUAUGAAGGCAUGGUUCACUUUUUCUCUGAAUAAUCUGCUCGCACACUGAUGAGACUAAGAAGAUGUGUUUGUUCAUGAAAACAGAAAUAAAAUGCUUUUCCUUCGA